UAUCUGUGGCUACAAAACAGACGCACCCACCGAUGGAGCAAAGAACCCAAACACACAGUGGACACCGCGGCUAGCUCAGGCUAGGAGAGAAAGAGUCACAGGCCUAGGGAUACCGUUUUUGAAAAGGGUGUUUUCGUGCUGUCAUCGAUAAUCCACUGGCUUGAUCACUACAUCGUAAUUAUAUGUCCAACUGAAGUUCUUCUCCUCGGGUUGUCUUAUGAUUUUACCCCAAACUGACGAAAAGGUAGGGCUCAUUGUCAGUUAGCUAGCUAGUGAGUUUGUAGCUUAGCGGCUGGAUCGGCUGUGCUCCGCAGGGCGUGAUUUGAGUACAGUAAACAGGCUGGUUUGAUGUGCAUGGCAUCAAGAGAGGAGGCACCAUGAGUGGGGAGGUGGACGCACUAUCUGUGGUGAACCAGCUGCGAGAUCUUGCAGCGGAUCCCCUCAACCGCAGAGCCAUAGUAGAAGAUCAAGGCUGCUUACCGGGGCUCAUCCUCUUCUUGGAUCACUCCAACCCUCAGAUCGUCUACUCUGCUCUGUUGGCGGUGCGCUACCUGGCGGAAUGUCGGGCCAACAGGGAGAAGAUGAAGGGCGAGCUGGGCAUGAUGCUGAGUCUGCAGAAUGUCAUGCAAAAGAGCACCUCCCCUGGGGAAACCAAAUUGCUGGCCUCUGAGAUCUAUGAGAUCUUACAGGCGGCUGGUAAAGAUGAGGCCGAACAGGCUGAAGCGGCUGCCGCCUCCUGCCGACGUAAGGCCCAGUUCUUCCUGGGCUCCACCAACAAGAGAGCCAAGACUGUGGUGCUGCAAAUUGAUGGACUGGAUGACUCUACUCGGAGGAGUCUGUGUGAGGAGGCUUUGCUGAAGAUCCGAGGGGUCAUCAGCUUCACCUUCCAGAUGGCUGUCAAGAGGUGUGUGGUCAGGAUCCGCUCCGACCUUAAAGCUGAGGCUCUGGGCACAGCUAUCAACUCCACCAAAGUAAUGAAGGCUCAGCAGGUGGUGAAGGCAGACGAUGGAGGAGAGCUGAUGUUGCCAUUUCAGGAGGCCGUGUUGGUGGAGGAGAACACAGACAUCCCAGACUACCUGCCUGAGGAGGAGAGUCCAUCCCAUGAGCAGGACAAGGCUGUCACACGGGUCGGCUCCAUCACCGAUGGCAUGGGCUGGCUCAGCACAGCGGCCAACUUCCUGACCCGUUCCUUUUACUGGUGACCACUUCCUGUGUUUUCUCCUCCCCCCCUUUUCCCCAGAAAGCACCAUCCAACUGCUGGCUCAGCCUCUGUCAGCUUAGUCUGGGCCUAAGCUCUGCCUCAUGUCAUUCAGCUCUUCGCUAGUCUAGACUCCCCUCUGCCAAGCACACACUGAGCCUGGCUUUUUGUCUGCAACAAGCGCUGGACUGCCAAGCAGAACCUGCAGUAACUUCAACUUGUGUGUGUAUAUAUGAUGCAUUGAGCUACAACUAUCACCACUGGCUGUAUGUGCACAAUUAUAUUCUUGCUGCAUAUUAUGUAUCUGACAACAUAAGCCAUAGCCAGCAGAAUCGGCCUCCCACUUUUGUUUUCAUACCUUGAAAAUUUUCCCCCAACUUCCAAUGCGUCCAACACUUUGAAACCAAAUGGUACUGUGGAAAUGUGUCGCGCUGUGUUGCCAGAGUCGACUUGUGGUGGGAGUUCAUGUUUAAUUGUUCUGAGGCGGACUCUGCAUUCGCUGAAAAUUGGGAGUUCCUUUGUUUGAGCUUGAGUUUGAGUGCUUUUCUCUUGGCGUUCUUCCCCAUUCAUCGUCCUUUUGAUAUAUGUAUUUAUCCUUUUUCCUUUGCAUAAUUUGAUUAGGCUUAAUUUUCUUUAUAUUAUCCUUCUCAGAGGGAUCUUUACUUAAAGCAUGCUGUAAUUUUUGUGUGCCAAUCUUGCUUGUACUUAUUGCUGUUCAUGCUUGUUCCAUGAUUUUUUUUUUGUGUGUGUGCCUUUUGACACUUCACUAUAACUAUUUUGUUUAUCAUUGUAAUUUUAUUCAGUGAUUUGAGAGCUCUAGGCUUGUGAGAUGUAGUAUCUGUGCUUCCAAGGUGGGUUGAAAUGCCCGUAGCAGCAGCAGGCCUCCCCCAGCUUAUAUCUCACUGUGGGAGGCAUUUCAGCAGAAUUAGUAAACUAGACACCAGCAAGAGGCUGUAGCGCAUUCAGCCACUGGCUGACAACAGCUGCCUCAUACUAUAGGACUAUUUGAUGCAUACUGAAAAGGGAUGUGAUUACUUAGGCUAAUUAAUAUGCUAACUCUUGUUGUGCUGUAGUCAUUUCAGUCAAAAAGUGGAACUCCUUUGAUGAUGCAAUGCAGAAAAAAUAUGAAUGUGAGUUCUUUUAGUUUAUAUUUUGGUGGUGUUGAAUCGACUGACAUCUCCUUGUGUUACUUGCACAGAUUUUAGGCUACCUCUACUUUCAGCCUAAUAGUUAAAUGUCAGCAUUACAGUCCCUCUUUAGUUUUAGCAAUAUCUUAGAUCAGCAUGGUGAAGACAUCCUGGUUCAAGAACUUGAUUGACACCUGCUUGCCAAAUACUAAUCUGUUACCUAGAAGUACAUGAACAGUUUGAUUUUAUUUUUCAGUUUAGCCAGCAGUGUCCUUAAAGCAAAGAUCUUGUUGGUGCACACAGGCGCACAUUCAUGCACACACGCACACACACACACACAGAGGAUAUCUCCAGUGCUGUCACAUUGGCAGUAGUGGUAUUGUAUCAGGGGUGUGGAUAUGUACAUUUUGUAAAUGGUGCCUGAUACCUUGUGGUCUCAUACCUUACACGUGAGCGGUAAUUUUUUUUUUUUUUCUUGGUUUGUUUUGUAAUACUGAUUUUUCAAUUUAUGGUCACAGCAUCUGACUUUCUUAGGUAGCAAAAUAAGAUACAAAGCUUUAGCUGCACCGAAUGGUCUUUGGUGUUUUAUUUUUCUGAUUCUGUAACACUUACAGUCCCGUGACUCACACCAGUUUUAAUCAUGAUAUCAUUGGAUUUGUGUUGGUGUCAUCAACAUUUAUUACGUGAAAUGCUGACCAGACAACUUUGAUUCUUUUGACAGUGGGGACGUCACAGUUGGUUUGCGGUCAUACUGUUGACCUGAAUGACCCGAGCUGAUUGUGACAAUUCACUUGAAAAGCAAUAAGACAUUUGUACGUUAUAUUUGCAUGAAACUCACCAACUGUAGUCCAUCGGUAGUCUUCAAAAUGAUGUCUUUUGAAUGAGAGCUUGAAGUUGAGAUCAUUAUCAGUAUUAUAAUUUUUAAAAAAUCUCAAGUCUUCCUUAUUUGUUCAGCGUCCUCAGAAUAAAAGUCUGUCAUGUCAUGCCAUGUAAUUUUAUUUUAAUAUUUGUUGCACCUCAUAUACCUGUAUAGCAAGAAUACUUGAACAUUAUUUCUAGGAACGGUUCUUUUAUGUGCUAAUGUGUUCAUUUCCUUUUGUUGUUAUAUUCACUACCUACCAACAGUUGACAAAUAACCACAGAGCAAGUUCUCAGAAAUGUAACUUCAUGUGUACAGAGCGCACCUGUCAUCAAAUGUAAUAUAAUGUACUGCAGAUCUUAAAACAGUUGAUUCCCAUUCACUGAUAAAGAAGAUAAUGUUAAACUUCAAA